AUGGAGGAUGGGAAGCCAGUGUGGGCGCCCCACCCCACAGACGGGUUCCAGCUGGGAAUGAUCGUUGACAUAGGAGCCGAUACGCUCACCAUAGAACCACUGAACCAGAAGGGCAAGACGCUUCUUGCUCCGAUGAGCCAGGUCUUCCCAGCAGAGGAUGACGUUAACAAAAUUGUCGAUGACAACUGUUCUCUUAUGUACCUAAAUGAAGCCACUCUCCUCAACAACGUCAGAGUCCGAUACAAUAAGGACCAUAUUUACACUUAUGUGGCAAAUAUCCUGAUAGCUGUUAAUCCUUACUAUGAGGUACCAAAGCUGUACGGUCCUGAUGCCAUCAAGUCCUACCAAGGAAAAUCCCUGGGAACUCUGCCACCCCACGUCUAUGCUAUAGCGGAUAAAGCCUACAGAGACAUGAAGGUUUUAAAGAUCAGCCAAUCCAUCAUAGUGUCUGGUGAAUCUGGUGCUGGAAAGACGGAAAACACCAAGUUUGUUCUCAGGUACCUGACAACAACAUAUGGCAGCGGUCAAGAUAUUGAUGAAAGAAUUGUAGAAGCCAAUCCUCUUCUGGAGGCGUUUGGAAAUGCAAAAACUGUCCGGAACAACAACAGCAGUCGCUUUGGGAAGUUUGUAGAAAUUCACUUUAAUGACAAGAAUGCUGUUGUGGGUGGAUUCGUCUCCCAUUACUUGUUGGAGAAAUCCAGGAUCUGUAUGCAAAGCAAUGAGGAGAGGAACUACCACAUCUUCUACAGGCUUUGUGCCGGGGCGUCCGAGGACCUGAAGAAGACUUUACACCUGGACUCUCCUGAUAAGUUCAGGUACCUGAACCGAGGAUGUACCAGAUACUUCGCCAGCAAGGACUCUGAUAAACAAAUCUUACAGAGCCGCAAGAGUGCUGAGGACAAUAAGCAUGUAAAGGCAGGUGCUCUCAAAGACCCGCUUCUGGACGACCAGGGAGACUUUAACAGGAUGUGCGGGGCCAUGAAGAAGAUCGGCCUGAAUGACACAGAGAAACUGGACCUUUUCAGGGUCGUCGCGGGAGUUCUGCAUCUGGGAAACAUCGACUUUGAAGAAACUGGGAGCUCCUCAGGUGGUUGCAUCCUUAAGAAAGAGUCAGACCAGAAUCUGAAGUUCUGUGCUGAGUUGUUGGGCCUGGACCAGGACGAUUUGCGCGUCAGCCUCACAACUAGAGUCAUGCUCACUACAGCAGGGGGCGCCAAAGGCACAGUUAUCAAGGUGCCUCUAAAGGUGGAGCAGGCCAACAAUGCUCGGGACGCCCUGGCCAAGGCGGUGUACAGCCGCCUCUUCGAUCAUGUGGUGAAACGCGUCAACCAGUGCUUCCCUUUCCAGACUUCCUCUAACUUCAUUGGAGUGUUGGACAUUGCUGGGUUUGAGUACUUUGAGCACAACAGCUUUGAACAGUUCUGCAUUAAUUAUUGCAAUGAGAAACUUCAACAGUUCUUCAACGAGCGGAUUCUCAAAGAGGAGCAAGAGCUGUAUCAAAAGGAAGGGCUGGGUGUGAAUGAGGUGCAUUAUGUCGACAACCAGGACUGUAUUGAUCUUGUGGAGGCAAAGUUGGUGGGAAUCCUGGACAUUCUAGAUGAAGAGAACCGCCUUCCUCAGCCCAGUGAUCAACACUUUACAUUGGCCGUCCAGAGCAAGCACAAGGACCACUUCAGACUGACGGUUCCCAGGAAGUCGAAGUUGGCCAUCCACAGAAAUCUUCGGGAUGACGAGGGUUUUAUGAUCAGGCACUUCGCUGGAGCUGUCUGCUAUGAAACGACGCGGUUCGUGGAGAAGAAUAAUGACGCCCUCCACAUGUCCUUGGAGAGUUUGGUGUGUGAAUCAAAAGACAAAUUUGUUCGCGAGCUGUUUGAGAACACCAGCACCUCCAAGGACUCCAAACAGAAGGCGGGUAAACUCGGCUUCAUCAGCGUUGGCAACAAAUUCAAGACACAACUGAACCUGCUCCUUGAGAAGCUUCGCAGCACCGGCUCAAGUUUCAUUCGCUGUGUGAAACCCAACCUUAAGAUGGUCAGUCAUCAGUUUGAAGGAGCUUUAAUUCUCUCACAGCUGCAAUGCUCAGGAAUGGUGUCAGUUUUGGACCUGAUGCAGGGUGGGUUCCCCUCCAGGGCUCCUUUCCACGAGCUCUACAAUAUGUAUAAAGCAUACAUGCCUGACAAACUUACACGACUGAAUCCACGACUCUUCUGCAAGGCCUUGUUCAAAGCUUUGGGACUUAAUGAUAAUGACUUCAAGUUUGGAUUAACGAAAGUGUUCUUCCGCCCAGGAAAGUUUGCAGAAUUUGACCAGAUCAUGAAGUCGGAUCCAGAACAUCUCGCAGAGCUGCUGAAGAAAGUCAACAAGUGGUUGUUGUGCAGUUGUUGGAAGAAGGUCCAGUGGUGCUGCCUGUCUGUCAUCAAAUUGAGGAAUAAAAUGCAGUACAGAGCUUUGGCUUGCAUUAAGAUACAAAAGACUGUCCGCAUGUGGCUGUGUAAGAAGAAGCAUAAGCCGCGGAUUGAAGGUCUGGUGAAAGUCCAAAAGCUGAAGAAACACAUAGAGCGCUUCAACGAAGUGGUGAAUGGCCUCAAAGAAGGAAAACAGGAGAUGGCCAAACAAGUUGGACAGCUGUCUGCUGCCAUAGAUGCUCUCUUAGCAAAAAUAAAGGCAAAGGUGAUGACCUGGAAAGAGAUCGACGCAGAGUACCAGGGGCUGGUGAAACGCUCUGAGCAGCUUCUAUCGUCCAUGCAAAAGAAGAAGAGGGAAGAGGAAGAGACAGAAAGACUGAAACACAUCGAGCAGGAGAUGGAGAAAGAGAGGAGGAGGAGGGAGGAGGAAGAGCAGAGACGUAGACAGGAGGAAGAGGACAGGAGACUCAAAGCAGAGAUGGAAGUAAAAAGAAAGCAGGAAGAGGAAGAACGAAAGAAGAGAAAGGAAGAGGAGAAAGUUAUUCAGGCAGAAGUGGAAGCACAGUUGGCUUUGGAGCGCGAGGAGCAGGUCCAGCGUUCUGCCGUAUUAGAACAGGAGAGAAGAGACAGGGAGUUAGCCAUGAGAAUCGCUCAAAGUGAGGCUGAACUCAUCAGUGAAGAGGGCCAGCUGGAUGCCGCCCUGCGCAGAGGUCCUCAGGUGCAGGCCACCAAAGCUGCUGCUGGUGUGAAAAAGUAUGAUCUGAGCAAGUGGAAGUAUGCUGAGCUGCGAGAUGUCAUCAACACUUCCUGUGACAUUGACCUGCUGGCAGCCUGCAGAGAGGAAUUUCACCGUCGUCUGAAGGUUUACCAUGCCUGGAAGUCCAAGAACAAGAAACAGAAUGACGACGGGAGUGACAUGAGGGCUCCUAAAUCCAUCACUGACUAUGCUGAACAGAACCCGGCUCCUCCAACAACAACCCAGCAUCACGAAGUUGCAAUGAACCGACAGCAGCGUUACUUUCGAAUUCCUUUCAUCCGGCCCGCUGACCAGUACAAGGACCCCCAGAAUAAGAAGAAGGGCUGGUGGUACGCUCACUUUGAUGGGCCUUGGAUCGCCAGACAGAUGGAGCUUCAUCCAGAUAAACAGCCCAUUGUGUUGGUUGCAGGUAAAGAUGAUAUGGAGAUGUGUGAGCUGAGUCUGGAGGAGACGGGUUUGACCAGGAAGAGGGGAGCUGAGAUCCUUCCCAGGCAGUUUGAGGAAAUCUGGGAGCGCUGUGACGGGAUUCAGUACCUAAAGAAAGCGAUAGAGAACAAGCAGGCCCGCCCAACACACGCCACCGCCAUGCUGCAAAGUCUUCUUAAGUGAGGCCCGCUAGGAAAUGGCCACAGAUGCUGCCUGCACAAUCUUUUAAUCUUUUAGCAAUUUGCUCACUUGAUAUGGAUUCUUAUUACUGGUUUUAUUUUUAAAUAUUUUGCAGUGAAACACUUUUAGUUGUGUUAGCAAUCUGGUAGUAAUUUAAAACACUCUGUGCAGAAAUGAAAAAGCCCACCCUAAGGCCUUAAAUUGCUGUAAAGUUGCACCACUGAAGUCUUAAUUGAUUCAUUCUUUGUAGCUCUAAACUUAAAACCCAAAUUAUGACACAGAAUUAGAUUUUUAAAGAGUUUUAACUGUCUUGUGAUGCCAUAAAAUCCAUGCUUUUAAUUUUUGUGUCCAUAAAGGAAGACAGUCACAGUUAAGACAGAAAUAUGUGAUGAUGUGAAUGUUUUACACAAAAUCCAAUUCUCAUUCUUAAAACAAGCUGACGCCGACUAUAUUGGAUCAUUUGAACAUUUUAUGUCAUCAUUUAUGGGAGAUUUCAUGUAAUGCUGCAGAAAUGUGAUGCCUUUGAGGAAUAAAAAUCAUUUAUUUUUCCUGGCUAGACACGUUAUGACUCUUUAGUCCUUUUUAGUGAUGCUGAUUUCAAAUGGAAGGGGAGGCGUUUUCAUGUUUGCAGUUUUGUGCAUACAGGGUUGUUCUACAGCUUAUAAUGUUAUCGGCGUUUGCGUUACGAUUUUUCUUUCUUUUUUUUUUCAAUGGUUAAGGGAAAGUGACUUAUAAUUUAUCUAAAAAAAUUUAAGACAACCUAACAUCUCCUGUAUGAUGGCCUUUUUCUCUGGAAAAAAGAAAAUAAAC